UGUUUCGUUCUUCACAUACUAAGCAAAAAUGGAGUUUGCGCACUAUUUUAUUGUUUGUUCCUCUUUGAACGCGCUAUACCAUAAGAAAAUUAUCAAUAAUAAUGAAGUAUACAAAGCUCCACGCGCUAUCUCGCAACGCGCAUGCGUUGUCACUCAUUGGAAAAAUCAUUACGCUAUACUUGGUUAGUGUUAGCUAUACUGGUUUUAGGAUUUCUAAAUACUUACUAAGUAAUCAUUGUUAUGGAUCUUCAAGCAAGUUUUGAGAAAUGCUGUCGUCUCUGCGCAGAAGAACAAGACGUCUCAAUUAUGAUAUUCAGCGCUGAAGCUGAAGCCAUGCUUCUUCAAAACAAACUAAAUAACUAUUUGCUAAUUGAGGUUGAUGAAGAUGACAAAUUACCAAAAAAUAUUUGUUUGAAAUGUUGUACAAAACUGCAAACUGUAUGUGAAUUUAUUGAUACUGCUCGCAAAUCACAAGAAAUACUGACAAAGAGUAGCCUUCUGCUGGAACAGUACAAUAGUGAUAAAUGUGAAACAGUAAAUUUAACUCCAAAGAUUAAAUUAGAGGCAGAGGAGUGCUCUGAUGAUGAAAGUAAAUUUACUGAAAUGGAAAUUAGUGUUGAUCCAAUGAUGGUUCUACAAAAUUCUGAUGAGACAUUAUCUCCUGCAAAUGAUGAGAUUUCACCCAAUUCAGAGGAUGUUACCCAUUUAUAUACAGUAGACAGUGAAAAUGUUACUAUAAAAUUAAUAAGAAAAAAUGAUGAACACUGUGAAAAUGAUAAAAAAUCAAACUCACCUGCAGAUGAUGGUGUAAAAGACACAACUGUAAAACCUUUUGCAUGCACCACUUGUGACAGAAGUUUUUUUACUGAAUUGGCCCUUAAAAACCAUUCCUGGAUACAUAAUAAUGAUGAGAAAGCUCAUAAACAGUACAAAUGUAGUUCUUGUGAGGAAGACUUUGAUGUAAAAUUAGAUUUUAUAGAACAUUUAAAAGAACAUAAAUCAAUGGGUCUAUGUCAAUUGUGUGGAAGAAGUUUCAGGAGUGAAAAAAAUUUGAAUGCACAUAUGACAGCCCACUUGUCAUCUGCAAAGUCUUACACAUGCAAAGUGUGUGGACGCUCAUAUAGCACAAUGAGCAAUUUAAGAACGCAUAGCAUUACACAUAGUAACGAGAGGCCUUAUCACUGUCACCUUUGCAAGAAAAGUUUUAAACGUAAUCAGGAUUUAAAGUUUCACAUCAAUCAACACACUGGUGCUAAACCUUACAAGUGUCCCUUCUGUGAGAAGAGCUUUGCUAGUUCAGGCAACUGUUAUUCGCAUCGAAGCCGCAUGCAUCCCGGUAAAUGCCUUGAUAACAAACGACGCCGUCGCCCAGCUACGAGAGAGUAUAGUCAAGUAUUAGCAACACGACCCAUUGCGCCUAAACCACCACUCAUUGCUGUCAAAGGGAUGUUUAAAUAUCAGUGUACCAUGUGUGACCAUAGCUUUAUGAAGAGAGACAAUUUCACUUAUCAUAUGUACCAACACACAGGAGAGAAACCAUUCCAGUGUUCAUUUUGUAAUGAAAAAUUUGUUACAAGAAGAGGCCUGUUAAUACACCACGACAAGGAGCACCCUUCAAAAAAUAGGCCUCUUGCACUCCUGACUAAAAACAUUUUACUUAAAUAGUUUUUGUAUAAUUUAUGUACCUUGAAGUACAGGAUUCUCAAGAAAAAAAAUAAACUUCGUAAUGUUUGUGACUAAUAUUUUGUUUUAGUACUGUCUCAAUUCCCAUGUAUGAGUAUCUUGGAUAUG